GGAAUGCGACGGAAAUGAAAGCCAUUUAUUUUUUUUGUAAGCUUUAUUGGAUUUCAAGAUAACGGUUAACAAUUAUGCAGCAGUUCUCUGUCAACCGAAAGAGAGACAAGCCCCAUUAUUAUCGGUGGUAGAUAAAAGAAAAAAAAAACAACAAAAAAGAAAAAACCAUAAGAUGUAUGAAUAACAUCAGCUUAAAUGCCUAGUCGAAGAAAGAAAAAGAAUUAAUAUAGCAAACAAAUAAAAGAACAUUUUGUAAAAGUGCGUUCAGUACAUUUAAAUUUUCCACAUGGAUGUAUAAUGAUAUGAAAAGAAAAGUAUGGUAGUAAGAGUGUAGGUGAUAAGUUGUAAGACGAAAAAGAGAAAAGAAGCAAAAGAGUACAAAGUAGAUACUAUUGUGUUUUUGCAAAUCUACGGAUAUAUGCUAUAACGGCAUGGUAUAUACAUAAAAGGUCUUCUUUAGAAAGAGUUACUUUCGGCAAAUGAAGGUCAAGACUGAGGGUAAGAGUGUUUAUUAUCCUUGAGAAUUUUUUUAUAGAAACCAGUUGCAUCCGAACACUUCUGCUUUAUAAUAUUAAAUUCUUAAGAUAAUAAUCAGUUUAUGACAUUGAAACGUUCCUCUGGAUCAAUUCUAGAUUUUUUUUCAAAAAAUCAAAAGCUCAAGCAUCAUCUCUUUCAACACAAGAAAUUCCUUUAGUAGAUUUCAGUAAUCUUCCAUCAAGUUCACAAGAUGAAAAUAAUGAAAUAUCUUCUGCAACUAAAAUUUCUACUCUUGUUGAAACAUCAAAUUUAUCAAAUCUCAAUAAUGUCUUAGAAAAUAAUCUUGAACAUGAAAACCAGGAUGAAAUUUUUUAUUCAAAAUGUGAUUUGUCAUGUUGUAAUUCUUCAAAUCCCUAUCAUCCUGUUACAGAGGACGAGCUAGCUUUGACAGUUGUCGACAAACGAUCAUGUCAAAAAAAAUGGUUUUUAGAUUAUCCUUGGUUAACAUUCUGUAAAGUUCAAAAUAAAGUGUUUUGUUAUCCAUGUCGUGUAGCAUUUGAACGUGCAAUACAUCCAAAUACCUCUACAUUAAAUUCAACUUACAAAAGUUUUUUAGCAUGA